AAAUCCUUGUUUAUUCAAGGCUUCGAUCUCAACGCUCGAACAAAGUGUACCGGCGUGCUCGCCUUUAGUCUUGUGAACAUGAGCACGUCUCUCAGAUAUGUCUUCCUGUCCAUAUUGCUUUUUGGAACAUGCUUAAAACACUCUGAUGGUGCUGACUGUACCAAAAACGACAUCGGCACAACAAAUUUGCUGUGCGAUCCCAAGACCCAAAAGAGACAAAUUGUCUCUUACAAAAAGAACGACUGUACAUUAUCAGACAAUAGUCUUCUACCUAAACCAGUAGAUGUUCCCUGUGACUGUGCCCCUGGUACUGGCCUGCAGGGUUUAGAGUGUAAAGCCUGCCCUUCUGGUAGCUAUGGAUCUGGUGGGGAGAUCAUAGACAACUGGGAAACAUGGUCAGUCAAUGGGUCAGUGCCCCCAGAGGAGUCGGAUAUUGUCACAUACUGUGAUAUGUUUCGUGACUAUGUCGAGCCUUGCAGUCCAUGGAAAGCAACCUAUCUGAACAACUCUAUUGACUCAGGAGAUAAUAGUAAGACAAGGUGUCUCAUUUCUGUACUCACUUUGAGGAAGAGAUUUAUCAUGGAUAAAAGCUCUGUCAGUUUCACAUAUCGUGUAGAUGGUCGAAAAUGUUACAGAAACUACUUAGGCUGCGAUGGUCUUGCAUUUUUUGUGGACAACAAGGAGAUGAUGAGUUACGAAGGCAUGCAGUUUGACUGGAACACCUUUUCUGUUAAUUUAACAGCUGGCUAUCAUCAAUUGAAAUGGGUUUACCGCAAGAGCUGUUAUAGCUUUCCUAAGCCAGGGCUUUUAGACAAAGCUUACAUCCAGUCCAUCACCCUGGUUGGCACAGAUGAACCCAAGUCAACUUGCAGUCAAUGCCCAGCUGGCAGUUACUCUUCAAGCCCAGGCUCAGCAAGCUGUAAGAAAUGUGACUAUCUCACCUACCAACCUGACGUUGGACAAACCAGUUGCCUGCCAUGCCCAGAUAACAAGGUGUCUAUGCUUGGAUCCCAUAUUUGUUAUCCCAUGAGGAAUUGUACUGAUGAUGACCUUAUCUUAAGCCCUGGCCCAUUAGACUCUUGCGUAAAGGGACCAUCAGGGAUCUACCAAACCAUCAAGCCAAGAUAUGCAACAGUCAGAAUUAACAACAAAGACCACGCCCUUUGUUCUUUGCCUAAUAAUGAUGUCACCCCUGUCAAGAAGCCGUGUAGAUGUCAACCUGGUUACGAGAUUGUGUCUAAUGGGGGCAAAUACAUGUGUCAACAGUGCAUGAAUGGACUGCAUUCCGUCGAUGGUAUAAAAUGUGCAGAGUGCCCCCCAGGGCAGGUAGCUCUCCUUGGCAAGCAUUACUACACUUGGUCAGAGGACAGUCUUCCUGAAGGCUUCUCUGCUGGCUGUGCUGGGGAUUGUGCUAUUAAGAGUGGCUGGAUUUCUAGCGGUGACCACAUCAGAACCAGCAGAGUUAUCGGGAAUGUUGACUCCUAUCUCCUGUCUCCAGAGUUUGAAAUUAUCUCCAAUCUUGCCAUGAUCAACUUCACAUGUGCAGUGACGUGCAAUAUAACUGGAGCCCAGAGUUCGGUAGAGGGGCAACACUUGGCAGAUAUCAAUUUCUGUAAUCUUGUGUUUCAAGUGUGGGUGAAUGGAUCUAUAGUGGACGAAGUGAACUGCACAAAGCCCAAGGGAAGCUACAUGUACCGGCAUGAAACCACGAGGGAUGGACGUUUUGUCAGACACAGCUAUGUAUUAAAGAACAGGACUUACACUUUCAGGUGGAUGUUCCAACAGGCAGAUGAACUCAGGUCCAGCUCAGCCUCUUUCGAGGCCAAAGUAGCGAAUAUUAGUGUUAUUGGAGUGAAGGGUGGGUCUGCCAUGAACUGCACCAAGUGUGCUGGCGGCUCUUACAGCGUUGCGGGCAAUGACUGUCAGUUCUGUGGUACAGGAGAUUACAGUCAACCUGGGUGGUCUAAGUGUAAACCGUGUCCUAGUGGGACUUUCACAGAUGUGCCUGGUAGCUCUGAGUGUCUGCGGUGUGGCGCCAACACUGUGAGUCUGCCGACCCGUGACGGGUGCACGACCAACAACUGCACAUUUUCACCAGCCGAGGGGGUCGAGUAUGAUCUCAAUGAAUUGUCCCGUGACUUUGGCCCCAUGUUUGAGGUUCUUUCCUACCAGACGGGUGGAAAAUCUUCUGCUCAGCGCAGCAAGAGGUUCAUUUCCAGUCACCGCUGGCCGCCUUACAACCCCAGCUUUUACGUCAACCUUUGCACUGUGAACCAUGAGAACAAUUCUUGCACGUUCCGAAAAUCGCGGUCUUCAGUCCGAGAGAGCCUCCCUGUCAUGGCUUGCCGCACGUCUUGGUGGGGGCAAACAGACACGAGCCUUGGCAAGGUUAUUGGCUUUCUACCUCGAAAGGACAUCCGUUCUGGAGUAACUGUUGAGAUCCUGCACGGAGACAAGUGUUACACCAGCGAACCCAACGCGAAACUGAACGCAACAAUCGAUCUGAUCUGUGAUCCUAACGCGGGUAUAGGGAAUCCAGGCCCAGAGGGGAACUACACACAGGUCUACCGCGCGCCUUGCAGCUACGUCUUCGCGUGGUAUUCCAAGUAUGCUUGCCCAAAAUGCCGGCGAGAAGACUUCGAGUUGAUCACGAGUCAGUGCGUGGACGGACAAGCAAAUGUGACGUACGUGCCAAGGGUCGGUUGCUGGGGCGACGUGGAAGGAAUCUCUACUAAACCACGUGUGAUCAGGUGUUCUUACCAGGCGAGGGUGAGGACCGUGCAGUCAUCUGUGAACAAGGUGCUGAUCGGGGUGGGCGUGGUGGUAGUGGUCGCGCUACUCAUCGUAGCAGGGUACUUCUUCUGGAAGCACCGCGCAAUCCGCUACAAGUACUACAGUAUGAUAACCCGCAACAAGCCAAUGAGCAAGCUGGAGGAGGAGGAGGAAGACUUCGGCCAUGUCGGGGGGGACGUGUACCAUGACACCAGCACUAUGGUCAGGCCGUAGAUCCGACUUCGGAGGGCUUUCCUAAACUUACUGCAGUUUUCAACAUUUUGAGAGCUCUCGCCCAACGAUUUCCAACAGCUGAAAAAUCAUUCAAGCGUUUUAAUUGGCCAGUAUUGAAAUGGUUUCACAUCACGCCACCUGGCGUUGACCAAUCAAAAACCGCCAAAUGUAACUCCGUUAGUUUGAAUGACGGGAGUCAGAAAGUGGUAUAACAGGUUGUGACGAGAAUUCGCAGUAUGAUGAAAAUCGUAGUAAGGCUAGCUGUACGAUAAUAGAUCGAUGAGGGCCAUAUCUUUUAGAUAGAUAUGCCAUAAAUCAACAAUUGGUAGAUUAAGUUUGGCGAUAAUCCUGGAGGCAGAGCUAGUUCUAAAUCACUGGUGUUAACAGGCACAAGACACUUAUCACUGACUCGUUUCACUGUCUUUAAAAAGCGCAUCUCUAUUAUAGACUGCGACUGGUAUAUGAACCAACUCUAGCACAUAUUCAACUCAUAUAGGAAAGAGUAAGUAUUCAUCAUUACCACAAAUAUUUCUAGUCUCUAAAAAGGAAUACUCGGGGUAAAUAGAGGACUACCAAACAAGUGACUUUUAAAGCAUUCUUAAGGCUCAUUAUAGAGAUUAGAUAGAUUACUACGACUUUCAUAGUGGAGCAUCGUAGCGGGAUCGUAGGCUGAUUUACACUUUACGACUCGAGGUUUCGUGAGCAAGUCGCAUAUGACCAAAUAGCGCUGUCGAAAUCAGCCUUUAUUGUGUGAGUCACGGCACCGGGCGACCGCGUUGCUCUCUGACGCACUUCUUGCGUAGUCAUUUCGAGAUCAUAAUUCUAACAUAAUUUUAACACAUUAGUUAGGGUUUUAUUUUUUAUACAUAUAUCGUCAAGUGUUAUUUUUUUAUGGAUUUUGUGCUCUGCAUAUUUUAAGUGAAAGAGGGUUUUAGUAAUAUUUUUGGUCAUAUGUAAAUAGUGUUUUUACAAGUCGUUAUUUUUGUUUUAUUUUAUGGGAGUUCUAAUCUUAGGAGGUAAUUGCUAAGAUCAUUGGAGAUAUCUCUUCGCGAGAAGCGCCGAGUACUUUCCUGGGAAAAUUGUUUCAGGCUUGAUAAAGUUUUUUUAAUAGCCUAUUCAGAACGCGUCUUUGUUUGUAGCCCUUUUUACAUUAAAAGCUAGGUUUUGUGCAUUAGAUUGCGAAUUGAAAAUUUAGCGGAAAGCAGGAAAAAUUUUUUCAGGAUAUCUCUUGACAUCCAAUGUUUCACGUGCUCUAAUUUAUUGUUAAACUUGUACAUUAGAAAGUUUAAGUUAAGUAUGUUCAAUUAAUAAAGAUAAAGGUGCAGAGAAA